GAGGGCGGCGUGCGCGGCCUUUAAGAGGAGCGCAGGUCCGCCGCCGAUGUACCGAGGAGCUGCGGCGUGAGUAAGCGCAGCAAAGCAAAGCCCGAACCGCCUGUCUCUCAUCACCAAGAUAACGAGCUCGCCAGGAAGUAUGGGGGGCUGAUACAGCCUGCAUUCAGGGAGACGCUUAUACCUAUCAACAUGGUGUCGUGGAUCAUCUCCAGGAUAGUGGUGCUUGCUUUCGGGACACUUUACCCUGCCUACUCCUCGUACAAGGCAGUGAAGACGAAGAAUGUGAAGGAAUACGUGAAGUGGAUGAUGUACUGGAUAGUCUUUGCAUUCUUCACCACAGCGGAGACACUCACAGACAUCGUCCUCUCCUGGUUCCCAUUUUACUUUGAGCUGAAGAUCGCCUUUGUCAUCUGGCUGCUGUCACCCUACACCAAGGGCUCUAGCGUGCUCUACCGCAAGUUUGUACACCCCACGCUGUCCAGCAAAGAGAAGGAGAUAGAUGAAUGCAUCACUCAAGCCCGGGAUCGCAGCUACGAGACCAUGAUGCGUUUCGGAAAGCGCGGCCUCAACCUGGCGGCCAAUGCAGCCGUAACGGCUGCCACCAAGGGACAGGGUGUGCUGUCGGAGAAGCUGCGGAGCCUGAGCAUGCAGGAUCUGACGCUGAUCCGCGACGAGGACGAGCUGCGUCUGCACGGCUGCGAGCCCCGCAUGCGAUCGCAUGACGACGCGGGCGUGUUGCCCCGCAAGACCGUUACGCGCCAAGCCCGCAGCACGGCCGCCUCUGACGAAUCGCAUCACGGCAGCGACCAGUCGGACACGCGGACGGAGCAGUCGGAUGAGGACGCCACGGAGAAAGCCCCCAGACGAGCUGCCAGCGUCAAGGCCGCGAAGAAGCCGGCCGCCGCCAAGGCGGAGACCCAAACAAAGACUCUGAAGAAACAGCCAAAGAAGAAGACCACUCCUGCCACUGGGGGCAGCGCAGAGACACCCUGAGCUGGGCUCCUGUACACGUAUAGUCCUUGGCAGCCUUGCUUGUCCUCUUUUUUUUUUUCUCCUACUUGCCUGACACACACACACACACACACACACACACACACACACACACACACACACACACACACACAAACUCAUGUAAACACUCAAUCUCAUACAUAGUCAAGAAUUUUGGAAAGUCUUAGUAGCCAGUUGGUGUAUGAUUGCCAACCCUGUUACAAUCCUAGCAGGGCUUGUUGUUUGGGGGGAGGUGGGUUGCCGCCUGCUGCCCCCCUAAGGCCAGAUCAGGCAUAGCACCUGCUUACAUUAUCUUUUUUUUAAUUUAUUUUAAUAGCACUCUCUUCAUUAGUGUGGACUGUUCCCAAAAAUAUACCCUGUGCAGCAUUUUGCACUGAGUCUUUUUCUUUAUAACCAGGGCAUCUUAAACACUUUAGGGAAGUGGGACAGAUGCCGGAGGGUGGGAGGGGGAGGGCAUGUGACAUUAAGGCAAGGUGUAGCAAACUAUGGUCAGUUGCAUUCUGGUUACCUGAUCAGCCGUAGUUAAGAUGAGAUGCAUUUUAAAUGUCGGAUACGAAACUUCUUCAUGAGGCUCCCUGUCUGUGUAUAGCUGAUUGUAUGGAAGGGGUGUCCAUGAGGGAGAUGGCAGGGAUCUGUCUGCCGAUCGAUGAUGGGGGGGCCAACAUCUGCCGCUCCCCGGGGCUGCUUCUGUUCUCUGCCUUCGCGACGUGGCUCAAAAAGUCUGCAGAGUUCUAUGUUAACUGAGCUGAGCGGCAGGGUAUGGGGGGGGGGGGGGGGUUGCCAUUGGAGAAUGUGGUGGGGAGUGGCUGGAUGGACUGUGAAGGCCGUAAUCGGUGCAUGCUCCUUACCUUACUGUGAAGGUCCUGGGCGUCCCUCGUGUGUGAGAGAUGGGUGUGGCUUGGAGUGCGCAGUGCUGGUGUGAUACGACUACACUCAUGAAGCGGGGGAGUUCAGCCAUACUGCUCUCGAACUGUCUUAGACAUCUAAAUGAACAAAAUCGGCUCCCUCUGACUAAGCUUUCUGUAAGCAAUCGGAUAUCAGAGCCAGUCAAUUAAAUCGUGGUAGCUGUGCUUAAGCUAAAGAUCUGCAUAAUAGUUACUCUGCACAUCGCACAACCUGUGACUUCUGAUAUAGGGUUUUUUUUUUGGGGGGGGGAAGAGGAGGGAGGCAUGUUAUGAUGGUCUUUGCUGGAGAAUCGAGACUGAAAGCAUGAUGCGUUAGUUAUGGUGCGGCUAUCCCGCCUGCAAUGCGUUGCAAGAGCAGCAGGUGGCGCCACAAACACUACUGAACCAAGCUUCUGAGUUAACUAUUAAAUAAGUGUAAAUAGUAAGAUACUGACUGUAUAAAUUAGCUUGCUUGCCUUAUUCUUUUAACAGUGUCGUGUUUUUCUUUGUGUUUUGAUGGGUCACUUUUUUUGAUUUUCUGUCAGAGUAGAGCUUCUGAUUCAUAGCAAGCUCUCACACUGAAAGUGUAUAGAUUUGUGUGUUUUUAAUCUUUGUCUUGGGGUGUGACUUACGCUGCCCCUGCAGAUCUGGGCCCUCUGCAGUGAGAGGAUGCUUUGCAAUUUUAAAAGCCUCUCCUGUACGUCUGAGCCAGUCUCGUCCACUUAGGGUUAGCCGGUAAAUGUCCAUUUGAGGUUGUUUCAAGCUUAUUAAAUUAUACCUUAAAACAGCGUUUGUCUGAAUGUAUAGGCAUUCCGCUGAUCGUGCUGACAGUACUCUGCAGCUCCAGGCUUGAGUAGUGGGGUCCCACAUUUCACCACCCUGCCAUCCUCUGCCUGGGUUUUAAUUCACACUAGAACAUUUACCAGAAACUACCCCCCCCCCCCCCUCGUCUGGGACGUAGGAGUAAGCUUCAUUUACCUGCUCACACAUGUCACUGGAACUUCAGUAUCCUAAUGUUUAUAUUUAAUUUGAAAUUUAACACUGUUUGAAGAAUUUUUCAUUAGGUAUUCCAUCCUGAAUAUUAUUUGUGUCGAUUAUUGACACUCGUACCAUAAAUAGUCUUGAUUUGUGCUGGGAGACCUGCUUUUCAGAUAUGCCGGUCAUUUAAUUUUAUGGUCAUGUAUGUGCUACUAAUAAAAGAACCAUAACCAUU